AUGGCGAGCGGCGGCCAUAUGCAUAAUUUCACCACCCUCAUCAAGCGGCUCGAGGCAGCGACCUCACGCUUGGAGGAUAUGGCGAUGUCUCUAGACGACCCUAGCGUAGCGAAAGGUCUCGGCACUCCGUCCCCAGCUGCACCUGCCACCCCGGAACCUCCUAAGCUUGCCCCUCCGCCCCCGGCGCCUCCUGCUGCGCCGCAGGUUCCCCCGCAGAUCCAAGACUUCGAUGCAUUGAUCAAGGGGGAUGUCCAAAACUUUGUGAAUCUGGGUGAGAAGGUUGGCGGGCUUGUUGCGGAGCAGUCAAAAGCAGUCCUGCAAGCCUUCCAGGCCGAGCGUACAUUCCUCUAUGUCUCGACGAAAGCCAAGAAGCCCGACGUACCUCCUCCAGAGCUCAUGACUGAAUUGCACAAGGCAUCGGACAACAUCAACAACAUUAAGGAGUCGAACCGUGCGUCACCGUUAUUCAACCACCUGAGUGCCGUUGCGGAAGGUAUCGUUGCGUUGGGCUGGUUCUUCGAGAGCAAGCCCGCGGAGUUCGUGUCUGAGAUGAUCGGGGGCAUUGAAUACUAUGGCAACAAGGUGCUGAAGGAGUACAAGGAGAAGGACCGAACACACGUUGAGUACAUCCAAGCAUACUACCAGAACUUCAAGGCCCUCUCUGCCUAUCUGAAGAAGCACUAUCCCAAGGGCCUGACUUGGAACAACGAAUCGGGUCUCAAUGUAUUGGAUGCUUUGAAAGAGAUCAAGGGCGGCUCUGCCCCAGCUGGCGGUGCUGCUCCUCCCCCUCCCCCUCCUCCUCCCCCUCCUGUCCCUGCUCUCAAUACCCCUGGCGGUGUCCCGCCCCCUCCCCCUCCUCCCGGUAUUCCUCCGGCUCCUGCGCCGUCUGCUCCCGCGGCCGAUAUGUCCGCUGUGUUUGAUCAGCUCAACCAAGGCGAGCAGAUCACAUCUGGUCUUCGCAAGGUCGACAAGUCGCAAAUGACACACAAGAACCCCAGCCUGCGUGCGGGCUCAGUAGUCUCAGAGGGCUCUGGUUCUCCCCGGGGCAAGUCGCCUGCGCCGAGCAAGAAGCCUAAGCCCGAGAGCAUGCGCUCCCGCAAGCCUCCACGCAAGGAUCUGGAAGGAAACAAGUGGCUGAUUGAGAACUUCGAGGGCUCCGAUGAGAUCAUCGAGGUCCCCGCGCAGCAAAACCAGUCCAUUCUCAUCACCCGCUGUAACAAGUGUAUCGUCAAGGUCUCGGGCAAGGCCAAUGCCAUCGCCAUUGACAACUGCAAUGGCUUCUCUAUCAUUGUCGACUCUUUGGUCAGCAGCCUCGAUGUCAUCAAGUCGCCCAAGUUUGCUCUGCAGAUUGACGGUGUCGUUCCGACCGUUCUCUUUGAUCAGGUCGAUGGUGCCACUGUCUACCUUGGCCAGCAGAGCCUUGCCACUGAGGUCUUCACUAGCAAGUGCAGCGCCAUCAACAUUAUGCUGCCUCCCAAGGAGGGUACCAAUGAUGAUACCAAGGAGUGCCCCGUUCCUGAGCAGAUCAAGAGCUACGUCAAGGACGGUGUCCUGGUCAACGAGAUCGUUGAGCACGCUGGCUAA